AUGUACAGCUUCAUGGUUGGCGGCCUCUUCUGCGCCUGGGUGGGGACCACCCUCCUGGUGGUGGCCACGGCCACGGACCACUGGAUGCAGUACCGGCUGUCGGGGUCCUUUGCCCACCAGGGCCUGUGGCGGUACUGCCUGGGCAGCAAGUGCUACCUGCAGACGGAGAGCGUGGCGUACUGGAACGCCACCCGGGCCUUCAUGAUCCUGUCCUCCCUGUGUGCCUCUGCCGGCAUCGUCAUGGGCAUCCUGGCCUUCGCUCAGCAGCCCACCUUCGCCCGCCUCUCCCGGCCUUUCUCCACUGGCAUCAUGUUCUUCGCCUCCACUAUUUUUGUGCUGCUGGCCUUGGCCAUCUACACCGGAGUCACCGUGAGCUUCUUCGGCCGCCGUUUCGGAGACUGGCGCUUCUCCUGGUCGUACAUCCUGGGCUGGGUGGCCUUGCUCAUGACCUUCUUUGCAGGAAUUUUCUACAUGUGUGCCUACCGGAUGAAGGAAUGUCGGCGCCCGUCCACGCCCCGUUGA